UUUGAGUUAGUGAUCGGGAAACAACGUGCGAUUGUUAAAAAGUUUUUUCUUUCGAAAAAUGAAGUAUUUUUUGUUAGUUUUGUUGGUUUGCAAACUGUAUGCGCCAACUGAAUCUUUUGGCUCAUUAAGUGGGAGUGUUCCGAUCUUGAAAAAUCUUGGCAAAUCGGCCAUUGGCGCUGUUAAGAGUGUGACAGCGAACAUUUCGGAGGUAAUUCCAUCAGUUAAAGAUAUUGCAGCGAAUGAUUCUAUGACAAAUGAUGAUAAAAGAGAUGCCAUGUCGACAUUGCAAAAUAUUGGCGCAUCAGCCGUGAAUGUUAUUAAAGGUGUUGCACAAAAAAUACCAGAUGUGAUUCCAUCAGCAGAAGACUUAUUCCAGUAUGGCAAAAAUAUUAUCAUUGGAUAUCCAUUUGAAGUGGUUUAUAGCACCAUCAACUCAUUUUGUUCGGCUGCAUUGUCUACAGAAAGUGUAAAACCCCGGUCAACGCCAAAUAUUACAAACAUGUAUUACGUGCUCAAAGUUGGCGAUCGAAAUAUCACGGUGCCUUUGAAUAAACCACAACAAUUAUGGUUGAAGAAAGAAUUUAAUAUUCGGUUCCCACUCGUCCUAUUAAUUACGGGUUGGACAACGAAUGUAAACGAGAGUAACUCAGCGUUAGACGCAAUCUAUUCAGCUUAUCGUUGCCGUGGGAAUGUUAACUUUGUGGCCGUUGACACAGCUGGAUUUGUUGAUACGUUGUACACAUGGUCUGCAUUUAACACGGAGGAGAUUGGAAAAGUUAUUUCAGAAUCGUUAGAAUACUUGGUGCGAACCUAUCCUGUCCAGAAAAUUCACCUAAUUGGCCACAGUCUCGGAGCACAUAUUGCGGGUUCGGCUGGUCGAAAUUUCUAUUACAAAACGGGCAAACUAAUACCUAGAAUCACCGCACUAGAUGCAGCAAACCCAUGUUUCAACUCUGGGGAAAAUUUGACUGGCAUUCAGAGAGGCGACGCCGAAUUCGUAGUGGCUAUACAUUCGAACAACGGUGGAUUAGGAAAGAAAGAUCCAUAUGGCGAUGCAGAUUUUUAUCCAAACGGAGUACAACCACUUCCACCAGGUUGUUAUUCAAUGUCCUGCGCCCACCAGCGUGCUCCGGAGUAUUAUGCUGAGUCGGUAUACCCCGGGAACGAGAAUAAUUUUAUGGCAGUUAAAUGUGGAUCGUUAUCGUCGCUAAUUUCAAAUUUCUGUCCAGGAAAUCCGGUCCCAAUGGGCUACGCAACUCCACAAAAUUUAAAGGGAAAUUAUUUCUUAAAAACCAACGAAGUAAGCCCCUAUGGCAUGAACGCAACCAAAGAUGCACGUCCCAAAUGUUUUAAUCGAUCAUUUUCAAUUGCAUUUCUGGACUGAAAAUAAUUCUCUCAUCGAAAAAGCAAUAAAUUGAAUUUUAAAAUUAUGGAAUUAAA